CAUUUUAUUUUAUUACGCAUUGCACAAUCCUAUAAUAACAACAAUGACAAAGAACAUCAAAGUUCUAUUCUAUCACCCUAAUAAAUCGCUUGUUUCUAUUUUCUCUUCCAUUCCCUCAUGCAUUAAAAUAUUCUGCAAAGUUCUAUGCCCGUCUUAGUGAUUUAUGGGCAGCUUUUAUACAUCCGAAAUACAAAUUUGCAUUUUCCUUUUUAAAAUAUAGUUGCUUUACAAUAUUAUGUGAGUUUCAGAUGUACAGCGAAGUGAUUUGGUUAUACAUAUAUACAUAUCUAUAUUCUUCGAUUCUUUUCCAUUAAAUAUUAUUACAAGAUAUUGAAUAUAGUUCCCUAUGCUAUACAGUUACAUUUUGCUUUUAAUUCUGUUUUGCUUAUCCUAUUUCUGAAGCUGCAAAACAUAUAUUCACAACAUGGCUUUAGUGCCUACUUAAUAUUCCAGCAACGACAGACACUUUCAAAUAAACAUUUCAGUUUAAGUAUCCAGCAUUUAGGAGUAAACGCUAACACCAGUUGACCUUGCACUGCACAGCCAGAAGAUCGGUCAAGGUUAGACGGCGGGCUCCGGGAGGCAGGGCUACGGCUGCGCGCCAGCUGAGGACGCAAGGAGGAAGUUAGUGCACCGCUCGCCCAACCCCUCCUACACCUGCAGUCUGGCGCCUUUUCCCUUCGACCUCGCGUCGCGGGGUCCCGCGCUCCAGCGGAGGGCCCCCAAUCCGACUGCCUGCCCGCUCCUAGCCCCAGGCUGUCUUUUUCCUGAGCGCCUCUGAAGGUGCUCUUCUGUGUGGCAGCUCAAAAUGAUGGAUCAAGCCAGAUCAGCAUUCUCUAACUUGUUUGGUGGAGAACCAUUGUCAUAUACCAGGUUUAGUCUGGCUCGGCAAGUAGAUGGUGAUAACAGUCAUGUGGAGAUGAAAUUAGCUGCGGAUGAAGAAGAAAAUGUUGACAGUAACAUGAGGGGUAACCAAACCAGUAUCACAAAACCGAAAAGGUUAAAUGGAUAUAUCUGCUACGGGAUCAUUGCUGUAAUCAUCUUUUUCUUGAUUGGAUUUAUGAUUGGCUACUUGGGCUAUUGUAAACGUGUGGAACCACAAGGUGAUUGUGGGAAAGAGGCAGGAACACAGCCUUCAUGCCCAGAGGAGACAGAAGCUUUCGAACCCGAAGAGCAGCUCCCUGGAGUGCCUCGCAUAUUCUGGGCAGACCUCAAAUCAACGCUGUCAGACAGACUGGAUGCCGUAGACUUUACCAGGGCCAUCAAGAUGCUGAAUGAAAAUUCUUAUGUCCCACGUGAGGCUGGAUCUCAAAAAGAUAGCAGUUUGGCUUUUUAUAUUGAAAGUCAAUUACGUGACUAUAAACUCGACAAAGUCUGGCAUGAUGAACAUUUUGUUAAGAUUCAGGUCAAAGGCAGUUCUCAAAACUCGGUGUCUAUAGUGAGUACAAGUGGUGACGGCAGUCAGGCAUACUCAGUGGAGAAUCCUGAGGGUUACGUGGCAUAUAGUAAGGCUGCGACAGUUACUGGCAAACUGGUCCAUGCUAAUUUUGGCACUAAACAGGACUUUGAGGAUUUAAAUAUGCCUGUGAAUGGAUCUUUAGUGAUUGUAAGAGCUGGAAAAAUCACUUUUGCUGAAAAGGUGGCAAAUGCUGAACGUUUAAAUGCAAUUGGUGUCUUGAUAUACAUGGACCAUAGUAAAUUUCCCAUUGUUAACGCAAAUCUUCCAGUGUUUGGACAUGCUCAUCUGGGAACAGGUGACCCUUACACACCUGGAUUCCCUUCUUUUAAUCACACUCAAUUUCCACCAUCUCAGUCAUCAGGAUUGCCAAACAUACCUGUCCAAACAAUUUCCAGAGCCGGUGCAGAAAGGCUAUUUCAAAAUAUGCAAGGAGAUUGUCCUAGCACUUGGGGAACAGACUCUUCAUGUAAGCUGGUAUCAUCACAGGAUAAAAAUGUGAAACUUAGUGUGAACAAUGUGCUGAAGGAGAUAAGAAUUUUUAACGUCUUUGGAGUUAUUAAGGGCUUUGAAGAACUAGAUCGCUAUAUUAUAGUAGGGGCCCAGAGGGAUGCCUGGGGUCCUGGAGCUGCAAAGUCCAGUGUAGGAACAAGUCUGCUAUUGACACUUGCCCGGAUACUUUCCGAUAUGGUCUUAAAAGGUCAGUUUAAACCCAGCAGAAGCAUUGUCUUUGCCAGCUGGAGUGGUGGAGACUUUGGAGCUGUUGGUGCCACUGAAUGGCUAGAGGGAUACCUUUCCUCAUUGCAUUUAAAGGCUUUCACUUAUAUUAAUCUGGAUAAAGCUGUUGUUGGUACUACCAAUUUCAAAGUUUCUGCCAGUCCGCUGUUGUAUUCACUUAUUGAGAAGAUCAUGAAAGAUGUGAAACAUCCACUUACUGGGCUGUCUCUGUAUCGGGACAGCAACUGGAUCAGCAAAGUGAAGAAACUUUCUUUGGAUAAUGCUGCUUUCCCUUUCCUUGCGUAUUCUGGAAUCCCAGCAGUCUCUUUCUGUUUUUGUGAGGACACAGAUUACCCUUAUUUAGACACUCCCAUGGACACCUAUGAGACAUUGAACGGACAAGUUCCUCAGCUGAACAGAGUGGCACGUGCAGCAGCAGAAGUGGCUGGCCAGCUUGUGAUGAAACUUACCCAUGGUGUCGAGCUGGACCUGAACUAUGAGAUGUAUAAUGACGAAAUACUUCGUUUUGUGAAGGAAAUGAACCUAUUCAGAGCAGACAUAAGGGAUAUGGGUCUGAAUAUGCAGUGGCUGUAUUCUGCUCGUGGAGACUUCUUCCGUGCUACAUCUAGACUAACUACGGAUUAUAAGAAUGCUGAGAAAACAGACAGAUCUGUGAUGAGGGAAAUCAAUGACCGUAUCAUGAAAGUGGAAUAUCACCUCCUCUCACCCUAUGUGUCUCCAAGAGAGUUUCCUUUCCGACACAUCUUCUGGGGCUCUGGCUCUCACACUCUGUCAGCUUUACUGGAGCACUUGAAGCUGCGUAAGAAACUUAAUGGUGCUUUUAAUCAAACACUGUUGGAAAACCAGUUGGCUCUGGCAACUUGGACUAUUCAGGGAGCUGCAAAUGCCCUCUCUGGAGACAUCUGGGACAUUGACAACGAAUUUUAAAUGUGACACCCAAAACUUAUACAAGAACAUCAGGGUAGUGUGGUUUCUAGACUUACAUUGGUUAUGCUAAAUUUUCAGUAGGGCUAAAAAACUAAUAUUAAAAAUCUACCCAGUCUUGGUACUACUAGAUGUUGGUCUUUAGGCUGCAGCUUUUAAUACAGGGUAGGUACUUGCAUUUCUAGUUAAAUUGAAUAAUUUUUUAAAAUGUUCACAGUAGAAUAUUUUCUGUGAUUAUCUCUAGACUUUUUAGUGCUUUGUAAUGGUAACUGCCUCUUUCCUGUCAUAGUUCUGAAAAAGUCAGAACCAGUUAUGUGAACUAUUGGUCUAAAUCCUAAGGACUUGAGCUGGUUAUCUUUUGAGCUGGAGGAGGAAGGUGGCUUAGAGUGAUCUUCCAUCUUCAUUUGAUGCUAGACAGACACCAGGCUGUAAGGCUUUACUCUGCCUUCUGUAAGGAUUUAGCUGGUUUCCACCUCUGAAAGUGGAACAGUUCACUUUCAGAAGAGAUGGGACAUGUUUUCUUGCCAAUGAGGUCUGAAAUAGAGGGCCUUCAGCUGCAUAAAACAAGGUUCAACUAUUUAUCACAGGAGUAAGGCCUUAAUGUGGCAACCUCAAGAUUAUCUAUGAAAAGAGGAGACCAGAAAGCCAAAGACCUAGUAUAUUAUAUUUUCCUCUAUCCCUUGUCCCAUAAAUCUUUGUUAGUUUUUUGUUUUCACUUAUUCCAAGGUAUUUUGAAAGAGAACCAGGUUUUAGGUGUUUAAUUUCAAACUCAAUUUAUCAGACUUUAGAGAACACAAUGCCAAAUUUUGGCCAAAGUGUUAAUUUUUUGGAAAAGCUUCCUGUCAUUUUGGCACUGAGAUAUUUAUUGUUUAUUUAUCAGUGACAGAGUUCACUAUAAAUGGUGUUUUUUUUUUAAUAGAAGAUAAUUAUCGGAAGCAGUGCCUUCCAUAAUUAUGACAGUUAUACUGUCGUCUUUUUUUUUUUUUUUUUUAAUAAAAGCAGCAUCUGCUAAUAAAACCCAAUAGAUACUGGAAGUUUUGCACUUGUGGUCAACACUUAAGGGUGUUAAAAAAUAACCGCAAGCCAAAUAAAAUUAUAAAACUCAGUCUUGAGAAUUAAAUUUAAUUAGUGGUUGCUAAUCAAGUUAAACUUCUAUUUAGCUAACCAGAUAAAACUGGCAGUUCUACUAAAUGCAGUGAAUUGUGACCAAGUUAUAAAUUAAUGUCACUUAAAAGCUGUGGUGGUAUUCAUACAUGCAAAAUUUUACAGUUCAAUUUCUCUAAGAUGUAAUUUCAAUUUGAAUUUUGCAAAAUUUCCAGUACCUUUGUCACAAACCUAACUCACAUUAUCGGGAGCAGUGUCUUCCAUAAUGUAUAAAGAACAUGGUAGUUUUUGCCUACCACAGUGUCUGUAUCGGAGACAGUGAUCUCCAUAUGUUACACUAAGGGUGUACGUAAUUAUCGGGAACAGUGUUUCCCAUAAUUUUCUUCAUGCAAUGACAUCUUCAAAGCUUGAAGAUCGUUAGUAUCUAACAUGUAUUCCCAGCUCCCUAUAAAAUUCUCUCUUUUAGUUUUAGUUGCAGAAACAUUUUGUGGUCAUUAGCAUUUGGUGGCUAACUUCAACCACUGUAAAAUAAAACUAUUUCCUUCAAGGUUCUUUGUUUUCAAACUUAAUGUGUUUUGUUAUAUUUGUGGUCUCUCCGGGCCUUCUGUUAGGCAGGAUAGUAGCAUACAUUUAUAAUGUUUGCUGUUUCCAGGUGAAUUUAACUUUAUCCCCUUAUUUGCAUGUUAUCUCCUAUAAACGUAGUUCACACAAGUUUGAAUCCAGAAUUAACCUUUUAGCUUAAAGCAGUAGAAACUUGUACCAGAGUUUGGGGGGAGGGGCAACUGCAGGGUUGAGGGAGGUAAAGUUUGCUAAAAGGUCUUUGAUCAUGUCUCCCCAACCAUCAGUAUUUGGUGGUUAUAAGUUAAACGUAGACAUGAACAAGUAAGUUUGAGACCACAUCAUUUAGGACUUUUUUUUCUACUCACACAUUUUUAUUAUAAACCUGAUAAUCAGCUGUUUGUUCUAAGGCAGUUCAAUACUGUCACCUAAAAAAAAGUUCAUAGGGUAAUCUUAAGAUUCUUAAAUUUAGUGUCAUUUAUGUAAAUUAAAAUAGAUCUAGAUUAAUAUAGCCUUACUGAUUUGUUUGACUAUUCAGUCUGUUUCAGUCUUCCAGUGUUUUAUCUUGAACUGAUACUUAGUGUAAGUGAAAAGGUCAGAGUUGGGAUUCCUGGUUUGAGUAUCAUGCUUUGUCAUUUUAAUGAAAGUUCAGUGACUUCAAGGCAUAUUAUGAAUAACGGGUAUACAUUUUACAGCAGAAAAUUUUUCUGUAGUUAGGAUUAAGUUAUUUGCAAUCAAACAAGUCAUUAUGUGGUAAGGGGCUUAAUAUUCCUGGAAGAAAUGGAUAUCUGACUAAUGCCAACCAGCUGGUCAGAUUUUUUCCGGUUUUAGAUGUCACAUGUAUUUUGAAGGUAAAAGGAUAAAAUGAGGGAGCUUUGUCAUGAUUCACUAUUCUAGAACUUGCAUGACCUUUAUUGUGUUUCCUCUGGAAUGUUGUUGAAAUUUUAGUUUACUAAAAAUAGCGUAUUAGCCAAUGUACUGCUCAGCUGUAUGUUUGUGAACAAGUGAUAUGCCCUUAAAAUUGUAUACAGUCUGGUAUGUGCAACAAUGUGGAGAUUCCUCAAAUGAUUUAAUAAAAUGCUUGAACACUGA